AUGGCCGAGCCUGCCUCUGUGGUUUCUGAAGAAGGUGUCGUCGUCGCCAUGGCCGAGCCUGCCUCUGAGGUUUCUGAAGAAGGUGUCGUCGUCGCCAUGGCCGAGCCUGCCUCUGAGGUUUCUGAAGAAGAUGUCAUCGACGCCAUGGCCGAGCCUGCCUCUGUGGUUUCUGAAGAAGGUGUCGUCGUCGCCAUGGCCGAGCCUGCCUCUGUGGUUUCUGAAGAAGAUGUCAUCGACGCCAUGGCCAAGCCUGCCUCUGUGGUUUCUGAAGAAGUUGGCGCCAUAGUCGAGCUUUCCUCUGAGGGUUCUGAAGAAGUUGUCGUCGGCGCCAUGGCCGAGCUUUCCUCUGAAAGUUCUGAGGAACUGCUGAGCACUAGCGAGCUCACUGAAGAUCCGCCGGCCACCUCGGAGCCUAGAGGCCGCCGCCGCCGCCGCCGCCGCCGCCCCACCUACGACAGUUUUGCUGCCUAUUUCCCCAAGGUUCUGCGUAAGGUUCAUGCGGACCUGAGCCUGUCGCAGCGAGCCGUGAGCGUCCUGGAUUCGUUAGUGAAGGACGUCUUUGAGCGCAUCGGCGAGGAGGCCAAGCUCCUGGUCCGCUCCAACAACCGCGCCACCUUGACCUCCAGAGACAUCCAGACAGCCGUGCGCCUGCUCCUGCCCCAUCAACUCGGCAGGCAUGCCUUGUCGCAGGGCACCAGGGCUGUCCUCCGGUACCAGCUACACAGAUGA